AUGAUUAAUUCUGUCUUGCAAGUUCACUUUUCAUUGGAUGGAACAGGAUCAGAUUUUAUGUGUUCAAAAUGUGAAAACAUUUUAAAUGAUUCUCAUCAGUCCAAGUUCAAAAUAAAUGAUAAAUUGAAGUGUUAUGAGAAGUUUAGUAAUAAAAAAGUUGACAAUGUCCGCAUUGAACUAUCAGUUCCAAUACACUACAAUUUCAUUAAAGUUGAAGAUGAAUUGAAUAUAUCAACGGAGAUGGAGUUGGUUUCACCAAUGAAUGAAGUCAAAGAAGAAAGUUCUGAAGAUGAAAGUCUAAAGGAUCAUGAUGAAGUUAAGAAUGAAGAGGAAAAUGAACUUGAAAAUCAGGAUCAGUCAAAUCCUCAAUUCAUUUUAUGCGAUGCUGGUGGAAAAGUUUUUAAAAAUGAUCACUCGGUCAAGCGACAUCAGUGCGACAUUUGUGGAUUAACAGCGACAUGUAAAUUCAACAUUUCUUCUCACAUGAACACGCAUAAAGAAUUUAGGACAAAGGAUUUUCAGUGUCAAAUUUGUGGGAACUCUUACUUUAAUAAAAAUGUGCUUCGAUAUCAUAUUUUGAAAAAUCAUGAAAAACCAAAGCACCUUACCUGUUCAUUAUGUAGCAGAACAUUUAGAACUGAAGAAGGUUUAAAAAAUCAUAAGUCACGUCCUCAUCGUUUACCUUGUGAGGUCUGUGGAAAAAUGAUUUUAAACAAUGAACUCAAGCGACAUUUAAAAAUAGUACACUUCAAAAUAAAACCAUAUCAGUGCGAUAAUUGUGGUAAGAAAUUCAGCAGAAAACAACCUCUGAUUAAACACCUGAAUACGCACAAAGUUUAUAGAACAAAAGAUUUUCAUUGUCAAAUUUGUGGAAAUUCCUAUUUUAGAAAAAAUGGACUUGAAAGACAUAUAUUAAUUAAACAUGAAAGACUAAAGCAUCUUACUUGUUCAAUAUGUGAAAGUUCCUUCUAUCUUAAAAAAUCACUAAGAUUUCAUAUAUUAAAAAAUCACGAAAGAUCAGAACUUAUUACUUGUUCAUUAUGUGGAAAGACUUUUAAGUCCGAAGAAGGCUUAAGAAAUCAUAAGUUAAAUCUUCAUCGUUUACCUUGCAACGUAUGUGGAAAAAUGAUUUCAAAGGAAAAUCUUAAGCGACAUUUAAAUACCAUACAUUUGAAUAUUAAACCAUAUCAGUGCGAUAUUUGUGGAAAGAAAUUCAGUAGCAAGUCAGAGAUUGCUCAUCACAUGAUUAAGCAUAUUGGUUUGGAACAUAGAACAAGAGAUUAUCAAUGCGAUCUCUGUGAAGCUUCUUUCUUCGAUAAAAGUGGACUUCAAACACAUACAUUAUACGUUCAUGAAAGACAACAACAUCAUUACUGUUCAUUAUGUAACAGAACUUUUAGAACCGAGCAAGGCUUUAAAAAUCAUAAGUUACGUCCACACCGUUCACCUUGUGAAAUUUGUGGGAAAUCGUUUAGAAAUGAUUUACUCAAGCAUCAUCUAAAUAUGGUUCAUUUCAAUAUUAAACCAUAUCAGUGCGAUAUUUGUGGAAAGAAAUUCUGUAAAGAUUAUCUUCCACGCCACAUGGACACACAUAUUGGUUUGGAACACAGAACAAAAGAUUUUCAUUGUCAGAUUUGUGGAAACUCUUACUUUGAUAAACAUGGAAUUGAAAGACAUAUAUUAACUAUUCAUGAAAAACCAAAGCAUCUUACGUGUUUACUAUGUGGGAAAACUUCUAGGAACAAAGAAGACCUUAAAAAUCAUAAAUUACGUCCCUGUCGUUUACCUUGUAAAAUCUGUGGAAAAUUUAUUCCAACCAAAAGUCUUAAGAAACAUUUAAAUAAGGUGCAUUACAAUAAUAAACCUUAUCAGUGCGAUAUUUGUGGAAAAAAAUUCUGUAAAAUAUCACUUGCUGGUCACAUGAUUACACAUAUUGAUUUAGAACACAGGACAAAAGAUUUUCAUUGCUAUAUUUGUGAAAAUUCUUUUUUUAAUAAAAAAAAUCUUCAAACCCAUAUUUUAAAUGUUCAUGAAAAACCGAAGCAUCUUACCUGUUCAUUAUGCGGAAGAUUUUUCAACACCAAAGAAAGUUUAAAAAAUCAUAAGUUAAUUCCUCAUCGUUUGCCAUGUGAUAUUUGUGGAAAACGUUUCGUUUCUAAACGCUCACUACUGCUUCAUCAAAAUAUGCAUGAAGAGAGAAAAUUUGUUUGUGAUUUUCCUGGAUGUCAAAAGAAGCUCAAAACAAAAUGUAAUCUUAAAAAACACAUUUUAAUCGUUCAUAAAAAAUCCAUGAGCCAUGUCCUGUUGAAAAUGGAUGCAAAUACUCAGGAGGAAGAAAAGAUUCCAUGA